AGCUCAGUCAAUUGAAGGUAACCGAACUAGGUGGACCGAUCUCCCCUCUUCCCAACGAAACUUGUUGUAAAAUAAUCGCAUUGUAGUGGAAUUACCGUUCGAACAAAAAAAAAUCCUUAUCAGUCUCGAAAAGUGAUAAGACGAGGUGCGUAGAACCGUGACUUCGCGAGUUUCAGUGCUGAUAUCGACGAUAUAAUCACAUGCCGGAGGUGAUUGAUUUGUGAAUGAUUUCGUGGAAUAAAGGUGCCAGUCGUUGGAGGACAGCCGGAGAGGCCGCAUGGUGUCGUAGUUACAGUGCUGAGAAGUUCGAGUGAAUUUAGUCGCGAAAACGGUGGAAAGCUGUGAAUUGUUCAACCAGAAAAGCGAAAUAACUUGGAAAGUGGAUUAACAAGCGGCAACGAAUGACGUUCGAGGAGUUUUGUGGGGGUCCCUUUUGGGACGACACCCUAACAUGGCGCGCCGAAGACGCCGAUCUGACCUUCUGCUUCCAGCGCGUUAUUCUCCAGUGGGUUCCGUGCUUCUUCCUGUUCGUGUUCACCGCGUACGAAGCGUACCGGAUCGCAACCAGCCGGUACCGGGAUAUUCCAUGGAACUGGCUGAACAUCACGAAGAUUGUCAUCAAUUGUGCGUUGAUGGUGCUGUCCUGGAUUGACUUGGGAAUGGUCGUGAACUAUCACGAUCAGAAUGGGGUGUUUGAUGUGCAGAUCGUCGUUGCGGUAUUGAAUGCUGUGGCUUACAUUGUCGUUAUGAUCCUGUACUACUUCUUCCGGAAGUAUGGAGUACGAAGCUCAGGAACGGUGUUCAUUUUCUGGUUCUUGAAGGCCUUUUUUGGAAUUAUUCAGAUGCGAACCGAAGCAAAGCUCCAUCAAGCUCGGGACAAUCCGAUUGGCUCCGGCGAAACGAUCGUCUUCGCCGAGUACCAGUUUGUCAGUUUCACGCUGCAGUACGCGUUUAUCUGCUUGAUUCUCCUGCUGGAGAUUCUACCAGAUCAAGCCCCACGCUACAGUGACUACCCAAAACAGAGAAACCCGAAUCCGGAACUCAAGUCCAGUUUCUUCGUGAAACUGCUCUACAUGUACUUUGACUCGUUCACGUGGACGGGCUUCCGUAAGCCGCUUACCGACGAUGACAUGUUCGACCUUAACCCGGAGGACACGUCGCGGGAGUUGGUUCCACCGUUCGACAAGUACUGGUACGAGAGCGUCGAGAACGGUCGUCGCAAGCAAAUGGCCACCGAUAAGAAGGCUGGCAAAGUCAACCCCACGUACAAACCGCACGCGCAGACCAAUGGAUCCGUGCUGCCGGCCAUGGUCAAGGCUUACGGGGGACCAUUCUGGUUCGCCGGGCUGCUUCAGCUGGCCAUAUCGGGACUUCAGUUUGCCUCGCCAUACCUAAUGCAGGAACUGAUGGGUAACAUCGCAAUGGACGGACCGUUCUGGAUCGGAAUGCUGAUUACGUUCGCGCUCUUCUUCAACUCGCUGCUGAUUGCACUGUUCAACGGACAGUACUUCCGAAAGACCUUCAUCGUAGGAUUCCGCAUCCGAACCGGCUUGAUCAGCGCCAUCUACCGAAAGGCACUGAGAAUCUCCAGCUUCGCCAAGAAAGACACCACGGUGGGUGAAAUUGUCAACCUGAUGGCGGUCGAUGCGCAGCGGUUCUUCGAGUUGACGUCCUACCUGCACGUUCUGUGGUCCGCCCCGAUCAUCAUCGCCGUUUGCAUCUUCUUGCUGUACGAGAUCCUCGGCGUAGCCGUGUUUGCCGGGUUGGCUGUGAUGGUAAUCAUGAUCCCACUGACUGGAUUUAUUGCUAGUAAGCUUCGCGACCUUCAAGUAGCCCAAAUGAAGAUCAAAGACGAUCGCGUCAAACGGAUGAACGAGAUCCUCAGCGGUAUGAAGGUCCUCAAGCUGUACGCUUGGGAGCCCAGCUUCCAGCAGGACGUCGUAGAAACACGUGGAACCGAAAUUGGUAUUCUCAAAUCGAUGGCAUACUACGGAGCGGCGACGUUCUUCGUGUGGAGCAUGGCUCCAUUCCUCGUAACCCUCGCCUCCUUCACAGUUUUCGUACUGAUCGACGAGAACAACGUGCUCGACCCGCAAACCGCCUUCGUUUCGCUUGCCCUGUUCAACAUCCUUCGCUUCCCGCUGGCCAUGUUCCCGAUGAUGAUCACGUUCGCAAUGCAGGCCUGGGUUUCGAUCCAACGUAUCAACAAGUUUAUGAACAGUGAAGAGCUCGACCCGAACAACGUGACGCACAACCGAAGCGAUGACGCGAUCGCUAUCAAGGACGGAACCUUCUCCUGGGGCGACGAAACACCAACGCUGAAGAACAUCAACCUAACCUUGGCGAAGGGAAAGCUGUCAGCAAUCGUCGGAAGUGUCGGAACGGGAAAGAGUUCGCUGAUUUCGGCGCUGCUCGGUGAGAUGGAGAAGAUCAAGGGAACGAUCAACACUGACGGAUCGAUCGCGUUCGUGCCGCAGCAGGCUUGGAUUCAGAAUGCUACUCUGAAGGAGAACAUCCUCUUUGGAAGAGCUUUCAAUGCUCAGAAGUACGAUCAAGUGCUCGAGUGUUGUGCGUUGAAACCGGAUCUGGAGAUGCUACCGGGUGGGGAUAGCACGGAGAUCGGCGAGAAGGGUAUCAACUUGUCGGGAGGACAGAAGCAGCGCGUUGCGCUGGCAAGAGCCGUCUAUGCUGAUGCCGAGAUUUACCUGUUUGACGAUCCGUUGAGCGCGGUUGACGCCCACGUUGGAAAGCACAUAUUUGAGAAGGUGAUUGGACCGCAGGGAAUGUUGGUUGGACGCUCGAGAUUGUUGGUAACGCACGGUAUUUCCUUCCUGCCUCACGUGGAGGAGAUUUUCGUCAUCAAGGACGGAGAGAUCUCCGAGAGUGGUUCGUACCAGCAGCUGCUGGAUCAGAAGGGAGCCUUUUCGGAGUUCCUCACGCAGCACAUUCAAGAGCUGGACGAAGAAGACGAGGAGUUGGCGAUCAUUCAAGAAACGCUGCAAGAUGAACAGUCACGCCACGUGGUUCAGCGGGCCAUGUCAACACGGUCGAAGGGAUCGAACGGAAGUGGUGGAAGUAUGCGCAAGAAGAAGUUGAGCAGACAAGAGUCCCGGAAUAGUAAUAAGGUGGAGACUCCGGCAGCGCAGGUAAAGGGAGCGACAUUGAUCGAGAAGGAAGAGUCUGCAACUGGAGCGGUUGACUUUGCUGUGUAUAUCAAGUACUUCAAAGCAAUUGGAUGGAAUCUGGCGUUCUGGUCAAUCUUCUUCAGCGUCAUAAAUCAAGCAUCCGCUAUAUACGGAAGCGUAUGGUUGACAAACUGGUCCGAGGAUCCGGAAGCAGCGACGGAUCCUUCCGUCAGAGACAUGUACCUCGGAGUGUACGGUGGACUUGGAGGAGUCCAAUCGUUCGCACUUCUGAUUGCUUCCAUUACACUAGCCCUCGGAUGCCUCAAAGCAGCCAACAAGAUGCACAACAACCUUCUGGAAAGCACCAUGCGCAUGCCGAUGUCCUUCUUCGACACAACCCCGCAAGGUCGUAUCAUGAACCGCUUCUCGAAGGACGUGGACGUAGCGGACAACACGCUGCCCCAAUCAAUCCGUAUGUGGCUCAUGAUGUUCUUCAACGUAAUUGGAGUGUUCAUCGUCAUUGCUGUGUCCACGCCGAUCUUUCUGGCGGUCGUUCCCGUGUUUAUGCUUAUUUACUACGCAGUCCAGAAGUUCUACAUCGCUACCUCGCGUCAACUCAAGCGACUCGAGUCCGUCACCAGGAGUCCGAUCUAUUCCCACUUUGGCGAAAGCAUCACCGGACAGUCGACGAUCCGCGCCUACGGCGAGCAAGAUCGCUUCAAGCAGGAGUCUGAGAAGCGCGUCGAUUACAACCAGCUGAUGUCCUACCCGAGUAUCAUCGCGAACCGAUGGCUGGCGAUCCGGCUGGAGAUUGUCGGCGCCCUGGUGGUGUUCUUCGCUGCUUUGUUUGCCAUGCUGAGUCGAGAGACCAUCGGAGCCGCCAUGGUUGGACUGUCGAUCACGUAUGCGCUGCAGAUUUCGGCCGUGUUAAGCUUUUUGGUACGGAUGACCGCUGAAGUUGAGACGAACAUCGUUGCGGUCGAGCGACUCGAGGAGUACACGGUGCUGCCGAGGGAAGCAGAGUGGCAGGUUGGAACGGUCGACAAAGCGUGGCCGAUUGAUGGUAAUGUCGAUUUCAACAACUACAAGAUUCGCUACCGGGAAGGGCUGGACCUGGUUAUCAGGGGGAUCUCGUUGAGUGUUAAGGGUGGAGAGAAGAUUGGAAUCGUGGGAAGAACCGGAGCCGGCAAGUCCAGCUUGACACUGGGUUUGUUCAGAAUUGUGGAAGCCGCUGGUGGAGAGAUUGUCAUUGAUGGGUUGGACAUAUCCAAGAUGGGACUGCAUCAGCUGAGAAGUCGUCUCACGAUUAUCCCGCAGGAUCCGGUGCUGUUCUCGGGAAAUCUCCGUAUGAACGUUGAUCCGUUCAAGGACUAUUCUGACGAUCAGGUGUGGAAGGCGCUUGAGUUGUCCCACUUGAAGAGCUUCGUCAAGGGACUUCCAGCUGGUCUGGAUCACGAAAUUGCGGAGAAUGGAGAGAAUUUGUCCGUAGGACAACGACAGCUGAUCUGCUUGGCUCGAGCUAUCCUUCGAAAAACUAAGGUGCUGAUUCUGGAUGAAGCCACCGCUGCAGUCGAUCUGGAAACCGACGAUUUAAUUCAGAAAACAAUUCGCUCGGAGUUUGCCGACUGUACGAUCCUGACGAUCGCCCAUCGCCUCAACACCAUCAUCGACUCGGACCGGGUGCUGGUGCUGGACAAGGGACUGGUGGCGGAGUGUGAUAAUCCGCAAAAGCUGCUCGCCGACAAGAGUACCAUCUUCUACGGCAUGGCCAAGAAUGCCGGCAUCGUUAACUAGACCGCUGGAGAGGACACAGCUUGGAGAAUCUCAUCCGAGAUGGCGGACACUCUUGAAGAGAAAUACAUUGCGAUACGAUAGUCCUACAAAUACUCUUCAUGACGAUACCAAAAGGAUUCACUACAACUAUAGAAUAGACGAUCACAUCACCUAUAUUUUCAUACAAUAAAGAUUUAAAAGUAA